AUGAAAAGAGUAGUCGUAGGAGUCUCUGGAGGAGUUGACAGUGCAGUAACUGCUCUUUUGCUCAAGCAAAAAGGAUAUGAUGUUCAAGGUGUAUUUAUGAAAAACUGGGACACGGGCGAAGAAACUGGUGUUUGUACGACUUCAAAAGACCUAGAAGAUGCAAAAUGGAUGUGUGAUCAAAUCAAAAUUCCUUUUCGUGAAGUUAAUUAUGUGAAACAUUAUUGGAAUGAUGUCUUUAGUCAUUUAGUUUCUGGUUACCAAAAAGGUUUAACACCAAAUCCCGACAUACUUUGCAACCGAAACGUAAAAUUCAACCAUUUUCUUAACUAUGCAUUAAAGGAUUUACAAGCUGACGCUGUUGCAACUGGACACUAUGCUAGAACAACAUUUGGACCGUACUUGGAAAAUUAUCAACCAGAUACAGAUGUGCAUCUAUUGGAAGCUUUCGACAAAACAAAAUGCCAAGCUUUUUUCUUAUGUGGAAUCAGACAAAAAUCUUUGAGACAUAUAAUGUUUCCAUUGGGCGAAUUAAGGAAGGUGGAUGUUAAAGAAAUUGCUAGAAAUUCUGGUUUAGUCAGGUUGGCCAAGAAGAAGGAAAGUAUGGGGAUUUGUUUCAUUGGGAAAAGGCAUUUCCAAGAUUUUAUUGCAGAGUAUGUCGAUCACAUUCCUGGCAACUUCAUCGACGUGGACACUGGCAAAGUGGUUGGCACCCACAAUGGUAUCCACAUGUGGACAAUUGGGCAACGGACAAACUUAUCAGGGUUCAGCAAAGCCUACUUUAUUUUGAAGAAGAUUUCCCCUGAUAUUUUAGUAGCUGCUGGUACAGACCACCCCAGAUUGCACACAAGAUUUGUCUUAUCCCACGAACCGAAUUGGAUUUGCACGAGCCACUGGAGUUGA